AUGUAUUUCAAUCGCCUUGCCCACACAGCAUACCUCAGUCGACUGGGUUCUCGUAACAGCCUCAGAAUGGCUUCCACAAUUUUGGGAGCAUCAGGCCGCGAGUACAUCCAAGGCGAGGUUCUCCAGCGCGAUCCCAAGGAUAACAAAGCUCGCAUCUUCAAAGCCGGGUGCGGAAAUGAGUCUUUUGUCUUCAAGCACGUGUCUCAGCCCUUCUAUGAUCUGUCACAGCACCUCGCACUGGAGUUUGCAGGUUCUAGUCGGCUGCGGGUGCACGUGGAUGCCAACCAGGACGAGCGAAUCCUGGUGUAUCCAUACUUCAGGAACACGCUCCUUGCCUUGAUCAAAGAAGACCCAGACUUUCCUCCGGCAGAAAGGGUCAAAGUCCUGCGAGUUGUUGCGGAGGCGAUUCAAGAACUUCAUUCCAAAGACUGGAUCCACAACGAUGUGAAACCUGACAACAUCCUGGUGGACUGGGCCUGUGACGAAGAUGGCAACAAGACGGUCACCAAGGCGGCGCUCGGCGAUUUUGACAUUGCGCUCAAGCUGGAGGGUGCCAAGCCGCUAUACGGCCCUCAUGCCGUGGGUAAUGCCAUGUGGCGGAGCCCUGAAGCCCAGACCGGACGGGGCGUGACAAAGGCGUCUGACGUCUUUUCAUUUGGACUCGUAUGCAUCUAUGCUCUUGGAGGCGGCGACUUCCUGCUCCCGCACAACUACGAGGAGCUGGUGGAGCGAGGAAUUAGCCCAGAGCAGGAGAUCCUGACCAGACACUUUGCUUAUUUCGGGCCCGUGACCGAGGGGCUCCUGAAGCAAAUCGACAGCGAGGUUUGGUCCAGGGCUCUGAAGGCCGCGUCGAGGACGGGACAGCUCGCAGUGGAGGAUGACCCUUUGCUUAGGUUCGAGCGCUGGGGGGAGGGCCUGGGGCCCGCGGCUGUCGACAUGAUAUCCGGAAUGACAAGGCUUGACCCGGCCGCCAGGAUGACGAUGGAGCAGGUCCUAGAACAUCCUUGGUGGACGGAGGAGUAA